GGAGAGCAAGCGUGCCUCGACUUUGCUGACCUAAACGUGCGGGUUUGGUUCUCUGACACGUCCUCGAGUGCGAUCAGCAACCGCGACUUUCUACAAGGCCAAGUUUGGUUAUAAGUCGAUCACAGGCGCCCCGAUCCGCUUCUACUCCCUGCUCUCCUUGUCACCGCUGGCAAGAUGAGUUCACACAGAGGACGAGUUCGGUCGCCCUCCCCGCUUUCGUCUGCGUCUUCGGCUGCAUCGUCGAGACGCACGUCGUUCCAGUCAGCGGUCACCUCGGCCUCCACAGUGUUUGAUCCUGGUCCUGGUGCACUCGCCCCGGUCCAAAUGCCCACUCGACUACCUUCCCAGCCGUCUUCUGUUCAGAUCUAUGAUACGCUUGAGAAAGAACAAGAGGCGAUCGUCAACCGGCUACAGAGGGAGCUCUCAUUGCUGCGGGAAGAGCAGACACAGCUUGCGGCGUCGGCUCAGCAGAGAGCGCGAUCCCCUAUUGCGCCUUCCCCCCGGCAUCGUCGCACUGAUUCAUCUUCAUCAUCGCUGUCGAUUACUCGCGCGGGUGCUCCAGUGAGAUCCGAUUCGGAUCAGAGCUCGGCUCAGAUCCAGCGUCGUAGCUCGUCCCGACGAUCUGUGGAAUCCGGUUCAGGCCUCUCCUCAGCAGACGAUAUGUAUCUUGCGUCUCUCCGAAAGGAGAAUGAUGCGUUGAAACGAAAACUUGCAGAUAUGGCGAAAGCUCUUGGAGAUAAGGAGAAUGAGCUCGAAGCACUCCGGGCGACCCUUGACAAGAUCCGCAUAGACUCCGAGUCAGCGGUUGCAGACUAAAUUGCGAGUAUUGCUCAGCAAACGGUGGGGAAUUAAUCGUCCAUUGAAAAUCUGACUCGCAAGUCUUGAGAAAGAGAGGUCUACUACUUCUUCGUCGGCACCACAUCGGCUAGAUCCAAGGUCACAAAAGAUCGUGGAAUAUGUUCAAGGAUAAAGCCUCGCCACGGGACCUAAUGACGCCUAGCGGUACCUGCUACGGUCAUGCAGAAUACGAGAUUUAUGGGGUUAUUAGUAUAUUAAUAGUUGUACACAUGAAGCUUCUAGCGGGAGAGAAUGCGCGAGCCACACAAAUGAAUGAAUUAUAGUAUCAUCAAGCCAAAUC